AUGGACAUCGAAUCACAAAAUAGCUCACAAUUCUUUUCAUGGGAUUCCCUUCCCGAACAAUUAAAAUCAAUCCUCCCUCUGCGUCACUCAUAUUUAAUCAAAAAUUUUAAUGUUUUAUCACCAUUUCAAACUACUAAGAAUUUUGAGAUUCCACAAUUUGAACUGGACGCAUUCGUAGAUAUUGACGAUAAAGAAAAAGCACGCAAAUGGUUUUUGUCAUUUGAAUCUAAGUCAAAAACGACAAUGCCAGAAUUUAGGCAUUAUGAAAUUAAAGGAAAGAAGGUUCUUUUUCGCGAGAAAAGACAUUGUAUUCACAGUAAAUUAGUGAAGGAGAAACAAGGGAAUCGUGAAUUAAAACGCUUACAAUCAUCCCAGUUACAAAAUACAAAUUGCGCUGCUACUAUUCACCUUCGGCUAAAGUUUUGUAAUAUUGAAUUAAGCCAUCCUUUGGAAGUUAACUUACGAUUCACUCAUAAUCAUGAUGGUCAUUCUCCCGCAUCGGCAAUGUAUGAUUAUGAAGAUACACUUUAUCUUAGCGCAAUGGAUGAGCAGGAACUUUUAGUAUUACUUGCAGACUGGAUGACUAAUCCAAAUUACGACUACAUUGCUAAGCUUUUUCAUAAAUAUUGUGAAAUGGCACUUGGAGAUCGCAACGGUACUUCAAUGUUUAAACGUCUAGAAGAAGUCGUAAAUGAUUAUAAUAACUCAGGCCAUGGAAAAGCGAUAUUGCAAGAAUAUGAUUCACGCAUGGGAAAGGCGUUUAUUCUAUGCGUCGUGACUAAUUUAAUGAAUCAAGUACAUGAAAGAGUUUUACAAUCUGGUGAAUUAUGUUAUAUGGAUGCUUCGGCAUCAUUUGAACUUUUGAAUACAUCUAUCACUCUUCUUUAUACAAGCUGCAUGGUUGGUGCCCUUCCGCUUGGCUUGUUUAUCACUUCAGAUGAGUCUGAAAUAACGCUAGAAAAGGCAUUAAAUUUACUUAAAACAAUUCUUUCACAACAUGACUUUUUUGGACGUGGGCCACAAGUCGGUCCAAAAGUUUUUCUUACUGAUGAUUCGAGUGCUGAACGCAAUGCUCUUAAAUUAUGUUGGCCAGAAGGUUAUGUUGCAAAAGAUAAUUCUUUUUAUGCAUCAUUGCACGCAGUAACCACUCCACAAGAUUUACAAACAAAAGUAGGAACGUCAAAUAACAAUACAACUAUUGAAUAUGGCAUUCUGUCUUAUAAGGAAUCAAACGAAAAUGUCGAAAUUGUUGAUAUUUCUGCAUUCACUGAUUUUUUGGAAGAAGUUAGAAGAGACUACCAGGAUGGUGAUAAGGAAAAUUUGGAUCUACAAAAUAUUCCUAGUCGUAAAACAAGGAAAGCCGAAGAAAUUUCUGGCCUUGCCUUUCUUGAUACAACUAAAGAGGAUUUUCGAAGUUAUGGCUUGAAAGCUUGUCCCGCAACAACACUAGCAAAAUUUAUUGAAGGUCUCAGCCAGAAGUUACAAAAUUAUUCCUCGCUUAAGACUCUUGACGACUUGAAAGAAAUGUUACGUAGAAAUAAGGUCAAUGGGAAAGAUAUGACAAACAUCAAGCAGUUUACUCCCAUCUUCGAGGAAAUUAAUGAUGAAGAUAAGGCCCUCAAUCACUGUAUGGAGGAUAUAAUCUUAAAACUUUCAAAUGUGGAAACUAUGACUGACACCAACGAGGCGACGCGCUGUGAAUUUAUUUCAUCGAUUCUUCAUGCAUCCAUCGCUAUAGCUAAAAAACUUACCUCCCAAGAUAUAUUUAUAGUUUUACAAAAAGAUAUAUCCGGUGAGGAUGCAACAGGCAGAGUAGACUACGCAAUCAAAAGUCUAGAAGACCUCCUAUGUAUCACCGAAAGAAAGCCUCGUAAUAUUAAAAUCAGAUAUGCACAGAAUCUGGCGCAACUUGAAAGUGCAUUCCAGACCAAUAAAAAGAAGCGGACUGCAGAUCAAGCGUUUGGGAACGACUAUUUUGAUUAUAUAUAUACUAGCAGCGUGAAAAAUCUAUUGUAA